GAGAAACACCUAGCGCGGGUAAAAGGGUGGCGACGAGAGGGAGUUCCCACCUGUUGCGCUCUAAAAGAAAUGAAGACUUGGGAAAAUAGCAAGGAGGGGCCGAUCGGUGGCUUUUAGACGCGCCUGGAGCCCCACCCUCGGCCGGAGGAAAAGCCCCUUGGGUGCGAGGCCGGCGCUCCAGAGAAAGCCAGAGGAAAAGCGCCUCUCCCCGCGCGCCACCGUCUGUGCCUCGCGCUCGUCCUGCGCGGCCGGCCCAGUCUGCACUCCGGCCGCGGCCUUUGGCCCCGCCGAGCCUUCCCACCCGACCUCCGGGCGCUUCUCCAGUGACCUGUCCCCGAGUGCUCCCAUGGCGUCCGCCCGCCCCGCACGCUCCCGGAGCGGAGCCCUGUGCUGGCAACUGCUGCUGACCCUCUCGAUCUUAACAUUUGCCUGUGACGCCUGCAAAAAAGUCAUACUACAUGUUCCCUCCCAACUAGAUGCUGAGAAAUUUGUUGGUAGAGUUAACCUGAAGGAGUGCUUUCAAUCUGCAAAUCUAAUUCAUUCAAGUGAUCCUGAUUUCCAAAUUUUGGAAGAUGGUUCCAUCUAUGCAACAAAUGCCAUUCUUUUGUCGUCUGAGGAGAGAAGUUUUACCAUAUUACUUUACAACACUGAGAAUCAUGAAGAAAGGAAGCUGCAUGUUCUUUUACAGCAUCAAACAAAGGUAUUAAAGAAGAGGCAUUCUAAAGAAAAAGUUCUAAAACGUGCCAAGAGAAGAUGGGCUCCUAUUCCUUGUUCAAUGCAGGAGAAUUCCUUGGGUCCUUUCCCACUUUUUCUUCAACAGAUUCAAUCUGACACUGCACAAAACUACACUAUAUUCUAUUCCAUAAGAGGGCCUGGGGUGGAUCGAGAGCCUAUGAAUUUGUUUUAUGUGGAGAGAGAUACUGGAAACCUGUAUUGUACUCGUCCUGUAGAUCGUGAGGAGUAUGAAUCCUUUGAGCUAAUUGCCUUUGCCACAACUCCAGAUGGAUAUACUCCAGAGCUUCCCCUGCCCUUGUUAAUCAGAAUUGAGGAUGAAAAUGAUAACUAUCCAAUUUUUACAGAAACAACUUACGUUUUUACAGUUUCUGAAAAUUGCAGAGUUGGUUCUACCGUGGGACAGGUAUGUGCGACGGACAAAGAUGAACCUGACACGAUGCACACGCGUCUCAAGUACUCCAUCAUCGAGCAGUUGCCAGCAUACCCCACGCUCUUUUCCAUGCACCCAACUACUGGCGUUAUCACCACGUCCUCAUCUCAGCUAGACAGAGAGCUAAUUGAUAAAUACCAGUUGAAAAUAAAAGUACAAGACAUGGGUGGUCAGUAUUUCGGUUUGCAGACAACUUCAACUUGCAUCAUAAAUAUUGGAGAUGCAAAUGACAACUUGCCAACUUUUACCCGUACUUCUUAUGUGACAUCAGUGGAAGAAAAUACAGUUGAUGUGGAAAUCUUACGUGUUACUGUGGAGGAUAAGGACUUAAUGAAUACUGCUAAUUGGAGAGCGAAUUAUACCAUUUUAAAGGGCAAUGAAAAUGGGAAUUUUAAAAUAGUAACAGACCCCAAAACCAAUGAAGGAGUUCUGUGUGUGGUUAAGCCACUGAAUUAUGAAGAAAGACAACAGGUGAACCUACAGAUUGGGGUAGUUAAUGAAGCUCCGUAUUCUAAAGAGGCGAGUUCACAAUCCGUCAUGAGCACGGCGACAGUUACUGUUAAUGUACAAAAUCAGGACGAGGGCCCUGAGUGUAGCCCUUUGGUGCAAACCGUUCAAAUUAAAGAAAAUGUGCCAGUGGGAACAAAGAGCCGUGGAUAUAAAGCAUAUGACCCCGAAACAAGAAGUAGCAGUGGCAUAAGGUAUAAGAAAUUAACUGAUCCAAAAGGGUGGGUCACAAUUAAUGAAAACGAAGGAUCGAUCACAGUUUUCAGAAACCUGGACAGAGAGGCGGAAAGUGUCCGAGGUGGCAUAUAUAAUAUCACAAUUCUUGCAUCAGACAAAGAUGGGAGAACCUGUACUGGAACACUGGGAAUUAUACUUGAAGAUGUGAACGAUAAUGGCCCCGUGAUACCAAAACAAACAGUAGUAAUCUGCAAACCCGUCCUGGCAUCUGCGGAUAUCGUUGCCGUUGAUCCCGAUGAGCCUGCGAAUGGCCCGCCCUUUGACUUCAGUUUGGACAGCGAUGCUAAUUCAGACAUAGAAAGAAAGUGGAGAUUGAGAAAAAUUAACGAUACGGCCGCUCGUCUUUUCUUUCAGGAGGACCUUCCAUUUGGAACCUAUCAAGUACCUGUCAGAGUCACAGACAGACAUGGCGUGUCGCUCAUUACUCCACUAACUGUUAAGUUAUGUGACUGUGUUACUGAAAAUGACUGCACUCUUCGCACAGAUCCGAGGAUCGGCCACGGAGAAGUGAGACUCGGAAAGUGGGCCAUCCUCGCCAUAUUGUUGGGCAUAGCCUUGCUCUUUUGUAUCCUGUUUACCUUAGUCUGUGGGGGUACUGGGGCAGCUAAGCAGCCCAAAGUAUUUCCUGAUGAUUUAGCCCAGCAGAACCUCAUUGUGUCAAACACGGAAGCUCCAGGAGAUGACAAAAUAUGUUCCACCAAUGGUUUCACAACGCAUACUGCGGGCAGUUCGGCUCAGGGAAUUUGCGGUACCAUGGGAUCAGGAGUGAAAAAUGGAGGGCAGGAGAUCUUUGAAAUGGUGAAAGGUGAACACCAGACCAUGGAUUCGUGCCGGGGAACUGGGCACCAUCACACCCUGGAUUCCUGCCGGGGAGGACCUGUGGAGGUGGACAACUGCCGAUAUACCUACUCCGAGUGGCAUAAUUACACUCAACCUCGUCUUGGUGAAAAGGUGCAACUGUGUAAUCAGGAUGACAAGCAUAGACAUGCUCAAGACUAUGUCCUUACGUAUAACUACGAAGGCAAAGGAUCGGUGGCUGGUUCUAUAGGUUGUUGCAGUGAACGACAAGAAGAGGAUGGGCUUGAAUUUUUGGAUCAUUUGGAACCCAAGUUUAGGACACUAGCAGAAGCAUGCAUAAAGAGAUGAGUGUGUUCUGAUAAGUCUGCAAAAGCCAGUGGCUUUAUCUCCCUCCCACCCGCGCUAUUUUCAUUACAGCCCAUGUUUUUUAAAAAAUUGGAUAUGUUGUUUCAGGUUUUCCCCUCUUUAUUUCAAUGGUAUCUCUUUAAACAUAUGCAUAUUUACAGAAAAAAAGCUGUAAUACAUAUACAAAUCUCCCAAGUUUUGCAUAGUUAUUAAUUAGUUGUCUUCUACCCAAGGAGACCUACAGAUAGAAAAAUUAAAGAAGUCAGUGUUAUUGUUUACAUUUGGGUAUAAUGACAAUAGCCAAUUUAUUGUGCAAUCGAAUGUAAUGAGUUCAAAUGUGUGUCAUACACUACUUAAAGGAUAACCUAAUAGAAAAUUGUAGAGAACUCGCUUUAACAUUAAUUAGUUGUUUGUACAGUGCUUGAAAACUGCUAUUCUCCUAAACAUUGUAAAGUGUGUAUAUUGCAUCCUUGAUAAUGUUUUAUUUUUAGAACAUUACCUUUCUUUCUAAUGCAAGGGGAGCGUCCCAGCCAGGCAUUGACUGGUAAUACAACUCCAUUUUGGUAGAGUUUAGUUUCUGUUUUACUCUAUAUAAAAUCCUGUGCUGAAUCUACGUUUCUCUGUUAAGCUACCUUGACAGCAAAGUUUAAGUUUAAAAAUUGCUUUAAGGAUGUGUUUUUACUUCUGCAGGGUUUUGGUCCUUGGUCUCUCUCUGUUUCUUUCUCUCUCUCCCUCUCACUCUCUCUCUUUCUUUUCUCUUUAUUUUUUAAAUUUCUACUUGGGUUGGAGAAUCUAAAUAUUUUUAAAAGCCACUUUUCUUCUAAAGUGAGUGAUUCUGUUUGUGUUUUAUGUAAGUGUACUAGUCUCUGUUUUUCUUGAAAUCAGUGUGAUGCUGACGUUACUGUUUCAAGUAUCUUGGUCGUUGCUUCGUUAUUUCCUCAACAAAGGAACUUUAACUUUGUCAUUGAAACUACAAGUAAGUCAUGCUUUUUUUAUUAGAUGCAACAUCUGUUGCAUGUUAAAGUUAGAAUGUGGAUAAUUAGUAUAUAAUAGCAUGUUUACAGUUCCUAUCUUCAAUGCAAGGAUAUAGUUUUUAAAUGCGAAAUAAUGACGGUUUUUGAAAUAAGCUUUGAGGUACAGGGAUCGUGAAAGCGCUCCAGGAGUAAGUAUUUUAUAAUUUUUUAGAUGAAAUGGCUAGUCAUAUCUAUGUGUUUAAGAAGUUGCUGUUGUUGUUGUUUUCAUAUUUUAAAAUUAGAGUUUUUAACAAAUGUAGAGUGGGCCAAACUAUGUAUAUUUUGAAACAAUAAGACAAAAUUAAACUGAACAGCCAACCAAAUUCCAGGCCAGUUUUCACAGCUGAUUUCAAUGAAUUUUCUACGUGUACUAACUACAUGAACAUUUUAAGUGUAUUUUUGAUAGUAACAAUUGUUAAUAAUGUGCCUAUCUUAAAUUCACAAGUCUGGCUUAUAACAAUUACUUUUAAAGAUUAACACUGGGUAAUUAUUCCAUUGUCAAUUUUAUCAUUUUAAUAGUUUUAUUAUUGUUCAGUCAAAAAUACUGUUUCUCAAAGUUAUUUUAAAUAAAUCCUGUCUACAAUGUUGUAUAUUGCUAGUUAUGAGAAAGUAAAUCAAGUAGUUUCAAAAUAUUAGUGUAAGUUUGUUAAUCAUGUGCCCGAUAUGACCUCAUAAGAUUUUUUUUGUCUUACUUUGAGCAGUGAGUCUAUUCUUUAGAAUUGUGUUCUAUAUUUUUAAGAAUUUUCUUUUGAUGUUGAGAGAUCAUUGGUCCAUUGUCAUCACCACAUGUACAUAAUUUUGCUAUUCUAAAGGUUGUCAUGCUAUGGGAUAUUGUUUAAGUUACAUGGUUUCUCUGUGUCCGUGUUUUGUUUGUUUUUUUAAAUUUCAUCAUAAAAUGGGGGAUAAUAGUAUAACUCCUUUCCUAGGGUGGCUAUAAGACAUUUGAAUAAAAAAUGGUUUUUAAGCAUGAAA